AUGACCAACCAGGGACCGGGGACCGUCUGUAGCACGGCCACCCUGCAGCCAAUCAGGGACCGGGGACAGUCUGUAGCACGGCCCACCCUGCAGCCAAUCAGGGCCCGGGGACAGUCUGUAGCACGGCCACCCUGCAGCCAAUCAGGGACCGGGGACAGUAGUGUGGAGCAGCCUCCCAGACAAGGUAGUGUGGAGCAGCCUCCCAGACAAGGUAGUGUGGAGCAGCCUCCCAGACAAGGUAGUGUGGAGCAGCCUCCCAGACAAGGUAGUGUGGAGCAGCCUCCCAGACAAGGUAGUGUGGAGCAGCCUCCCAGACAAGGUAGUGUGGAGCAGCCUCCCAGACAAGGUAGUGUGGAGCAGCCUCCCAGACAAGGUAGUGUGGAGCAGCCUCCCAGACAAGGUAGUGUGGAGCAGCCUCCCAGACAAGGUAUUGUGGAGCAGCCUCCCAGACAAGGUAGUGUGGAGCAGCCUCCCAGACAAGGUAGUGUGGAGCAGCCUCCCAGACAAGGUAGUGUGGAGCAGCCUCCCAGACAAGGUAGUGUGGAGCAGCCUCCCAGACAAGGUAGUGUGGAGCAGCCUCCCAGACAAGGUAGUGUGGAGCAGCCUCCCAGACAAGGUAGUGUGGAGCAGCCUCCCAGACAAGGUAGUGUGGAGCAGCCUCCCAGACAAGGUAGUGUGGAACAGUCUCCCAGACAAGGUAGUGUGGAGCAGCCUCCCAGACAAGGUAGUGUGGAACAGUCUCCCAAACAAGGUAGUGUGGAGCAGCCUCCCAGACAAGGUAGUGUGGAGCAGCCUCCCAGACAAGGUAGUGUGGAGCAGUCUCCCAGACAAGGUAGUGUGGAGCAGCCUCCCAGACAAGGUAGUGUGGAGCAGCCUCCCAGACAAGGUAGUGUGGAGCAGUCUCCCAGACAAGGUAGUGUGGAGCAGUCUGUCCAUUAG